CCAUAAGUUACUUAAAAGACCCACAAAGCAAUGGAGAAGAGUUCACAAGAGAAACACUCUCACACACUCACUCAAGUUUGGUCUUAAGAAAACUAUUCCAAAAGGUCAAAUUUUUAUAUUUUAUAGUUCCACCAUGCACUAGUAACGUAAGAAAUCCUUCACCUUCUCCACUUCUAAAUCUCUCUUCUCUUCUCCGAAUCGAUAAUCUCAUUCACACUCGCACAAAAACCAUAAAACCACACUGAGGUAACAUCUACGUAGUGAAACCCAUCAUGCUGAUCAAAGGGCAUCAAAUUAAGGUACCAAUAUUGUUCCUCGUCAAUUUGGUCCUUGUUUUUUUCGUUUCUUCCGUCAACGCCGUUGAAUCAAGGAAACUUGACGAGAACCCCGUGCCCGCCACAAACGGCACCGAAGAAAAGUGCGGUUCGUGCGGCACCGUCUACCCCUCCCCGCCUCCACCGGCCAUUCCACCGCCGUCGCCACCACCACCCAAGAAAACACCCACACAGUAUUGCCCUCCUCCACCCCCUUCCUCCUUCAUAUACAUAACCGGGCCCCCGGGAAACUUGUAUCCCGUCGACGAGGAUUUCAACGCCGCCGCCUGCCACCGCCGGAGCUUCGUCGCCGUGUUGUUGCCUCUUUUUGUUGGCAUGCUUUUUACGUUUGCAUUUUGGUGAUUCGCUUGUGAAGAAGGUAAUAAUCACGACAUAUAGAUAUAUCAUUCAGAUCAUUCUAAACACAACAUUCGAAAAUUUUACGGUUUAUGAUGUUGUUACAGUUAUGAAUAUCAAGAUUUACCUAAGGUACGGCGCAGAGAAUUUUGUACUUGUACUUCGAAAUUAGUGUUCCACACUCCGUUCUGUUCUUCCUUCUAUGUGAUCACAAUUUGUUCAAUAAUAUCCAUCUUUCUAGUAAUUCUAUCAAGUUUCCAA